AUGGUCCUGGCAGCUGCGUGCACAUAGCUCAAUUCCACCGGCCCUCGGGCGAACGCCCCUGUUCCCAGUCCACAGGGCUCGAACGACUAUAGCGACGACACGCCCCGCCAACCAUGUAUGAGGUGCAGCCUACCACGCUGGCCCCGCCCGCAGUCACCGCGCUGCGGAAGGAGGCAACGGGGUGCAGCGCACAGCAACGCGUAAACAUGGAGCGCACGGUCAGCCAAGACAUGCGAGAGGAGAGGGAGGACCUGAAGGAGGCCGCCGAGCACAGCCUGAACAUCAUCAUGGACCUGGAUCUCACAGGCAAGGUCCGCUAUGUCAGUCCCUCGUGGAAAGAGGUCGUUGGCACCAUACCAGACGAAGUGGUCGGCAAGCCCGUCCUCGACAUCAUAUUCGCUGGCAAAGAUGGGUUUGCGGAUACCAUCGAGUCGGUUAGAAAGUACGACUCCAGGAGUCACAUCGCCCGCUUCUCCGUGCGCAUGGGACCGCACUCGAUACUACGACGCAAGCGUUCGAAACCAGCGGUCGAUGGCGAGCAGCAAUCAGCGCCACCGUCGCCGACAAAGGCAGAAGACGAGGCGCAGAUAUUGAACCUCGAAGCGCAAGGUAUCAUGGUGUAUGACCGUGCAACAGGGGCGGAGAGUCAUACAAUGUGGAUGGUUCGGCCAUCUGUGCUUCGCGAGAUCACCAUUGAUCUCCCGGAGGAGCUCGUCGAGUCUCUUGGCGUGGGCGCAGAAGUACUCGCCCACUAUCUCACUGGGCUAGCAGAGCAAGGGGCCAAUGAGCCGAGAAACCACCCACCGCCACUACCUGUGUUGUGUCGAAUCUGCGAACGACACAUCACCCCGUGGUGGUUCGAGAAGCACUCCGAGCUGUGCUUGCAAGAGCAUCGUGCCGAGAUGGACGUCCAGAUGGCGCAAGAGACUCUCUCAGAACACCGCAACGCUAUCGUCAAGGUCUUGGAUACCCUUGAGGCACAAGCUCGACCGUCAAGGGCGGCUCCUACAGACCCAGCAGCCCUGAUUCAGCUACCCGAGUACCACGGUCACCUCAUCCAACCACUAUCGAACCCUUCCUCCGGCACACCGUCCGGACGUAACUCACCUGCUUCCCCGCCCUCGAGAUCCAGAGAGCGGUCCAGUGCUUCUGGCUUUGGGCAUCACCGUGCACGCUCCUUCGCUGUUCGACGGCCACUCGCUCGCAUUGUAGAGCUAGUGCUCGACCUGUGCGAUACGGCGCUGGAAGUGAACACACCAGCCAUCAAGGACAACAUCCGUGCCGCAUCUGAGAUCCGAACGCAGUCACCGCAGUCGGAGAAUCGCAUCUCACAGGUGCUGCAAUGGCAGUCGCCAACAUCAGGCUCGUCAGACUUCAGUGAAGGAUUGAAGUUGCUCUGCGAGGACACAAACCGGCUAGCAAAAGCCAAGAUCGAUGCUGUGUUCAGACAUCGGCAGAUCCUCGAGUAUUCCGAACGACUCCGCAUUGAGUUCGACAUUCUGGUGCAGGAAUGUAUAGAGGCUGCCAUCAUCAAGGCUGCGCGCAUAGCCGCUGGAGAAGAUAGUUCCUCAGACGAUGAGCAGGUAGAAGAGGAACCACCGUCAGAUGCCAACGACAUUCCCACUGGCGAUGAGGGCAUUUUCCCUGGGUCGUUCGAUGCUCCGUCAGCUAUGGCUCAGGCUCUGCGCAACGCUUCGGACACGUCCUUACCAAUGCGAGUUGGACGCCGAGAAUCGUCUGUUGCAGAUUCGACGCGCUCCAGUAGCCCAAGGGGCGGCUGUCAAACACCAAGAUCGCAUGCUGGGGCUAUCAGCAUUGCGGGCCAGAACAAUCGACGGUCCAUGCAUUUCGAGAGCGAUGCAGGCAUGGAGAGCGACACCAGCAUGCGGUCUUCGGUACUGUCCGGCCCUCGACGAGCAGACUCACCAGCCAACUCGGAGCUGGGCUUGAGCAGGGUGGCCAGCUCGCGGGAGAGGAAGCGAAAGAGUUUGAUCCUACCAAGUGUAUUAUCGAGCCGGCAGCAGUCACCUGCUCGCACGAUGCACCCGGCCCCACCAGCUUCGCCAUUGAGGACGACUAAGCCUCGCCUGUCCAGUGGCGUCGAGGCCCUGCAAUCGCCAAUCACAUCGCCUGUCCUGACAACAACCGAGUUCUCUUCUCCUGCUAUGUCCAUGGCCAUCAAUCACCACCGCAGACAGUCAUCCACGGCUGGCUCAGACGGCCCGAGAGCUUUGUCACCUCGCCUCCUGCCUGUCACGCAGCCGCAACCACGCGCGGUGCCUCCCUCGAUCAAAGACUUUGAAGUUGUCAAGCCAAUCAGCAAAGGUGCAUUUGGAAGCGUGUAUCUCGCCAAGAAGAAGUCUACCGGCGAAUACUACGCGAUCAAGGUCCUGAAGAAGGCCGACAUGGUAGCCAAGAACCAAGUCACCAACGUCAAGGCCGAACGAGCGAUCAUGAUGUGGCAAGGCGAGAGUGACUUCGUGGCGAAGCUAUACUGGACGUUCUCAAGCAAGGACUACCUGUAUCUCGUUAUGGAGUACUUGAAUGGUGGUGACUGUGCUUCGCUUAUAAAGGUCCUUGGUGCGCUCCCUGAAGAUUGGGCCAAGAAGUACCUUGCAGAAGUUGUUCUUGGCGUUGAACAUCUGCAUAGCCGCAGCAUCGUGCACCGCGACCUGAAGCCGGACAAUUUGCUGAUUGAUGCAAAGGGCCAUCUGAAACUCACUGACUUUGGUUUGUCACGCAUGGGUAUGAUCGGCCGUCAAAAGCGUGCGCUCAAGUCUGAUCCUAACGAGGCUGCUCCUGAUCUGCUCAAGAGUGGGCCGUUCCAUCGCGCUACCUCUGGCUCAUCGGUUUCUCGGUCCGCGUCUUUUGACCUCAACCCUUCGCCAUCUACGACUCCAUCGAUGACUCCCGCUCUUGCUGGCGAUCUCGGCCAACCGUCCUAUUUCAGCCUCAGCCGGGACACGUCUCACGGCCGCGAGCAGUCCAGACGAACAUCAGGCAAUCGUAGCGAUAGCACUGACGGUGAUGCUUUGCAAGCGAUGUUCCGCCGCUUCUCGAUCGCAGAUUCGAAUCUUGGGCCUGGGCAACGAUCACCAAUCGAAGAAGAGGACUUCAGCGACAACGGGUCUCCAGAUAUUCUUGCGCCUACGAUGAGCAACUCUACCGUCGCCCAUGCCCAGAAUCAGACACCACCUGCGACAUCACACAUGCUUCCUCCUCACAUGGCCCUAUUCGACCCGGAUGACAGUAACGAGAGGAAGUUCGUUGGUACCCCCGACUAUCUGGCGCCAGAGACUAUCGCUGGUAACGGGCAAGACGAAGUGAGCGAUUGGUGGUCUCUGGGCUGCAUCCUUUUCGAGUGCUUGUAUGGUUAUCCUCCGUUCCAUGCGGACACACCAGACGAAGUCUUCCAGAACAUCCUUGCGCGAAGAAUCGAUUGGCCGUCGGAUGAAGACGACGUGUAUGACAUCUCGGACGAUGCAAAGGAUCUCAUGAACCGUCUCAUGUGUUCUGAUCCGGCGAAGCGCUUGGGUGCUAACGCGGAGGAAAAGUAUGCCAGUGGUGGUGAAGAGAUCAGGGCUCACCCAUGGUUUGCUGAUCUCAAUUGGGAUACUCUGCGUGAUGAUGAAGCUUCGUUCAUCCCAGCACCUGAGAACCCGGAGGACACGGAGUACUUUGACACUAGAGGAGCAGCCAUGGCAAACUUCUCACCGGAAUUUGAGGAUCAAGGAACGUCGUCCGCCGGCACACCCAGUGCAGACUAUCCAGAUAGGCCACAUGAUGCACUGUCUCGGGUGCGGUCACAGGUUAGCGUCUCGAGUAUGAAGCGAGGCCUCAUACCUUUGCACAUCCCGGCUCACGUGAGAGAAGGCAGGUCUAGGAGGCUUAGCGAACCCAUGGCUACAGAUGACUUCGGUAAUUUCAGCUACAAGAACCUGCCUGUACUGGAGAAGGCCAACAAGGAUGUAAUCCAGAAGCUUCGUGCAGAAGCGAUGCUACCGCAGAACAAGCCCGGCUCAGCUCUCCAAUCGCCUACAAUUACGUCGCCCUCCCCGUCUCUUGAGACCAGCCCAAUGCUGUCUGGUCCGCUAAAGCGCACCUUGUCCACCAACAGGGCCAGCGGUAGACCAGCAUCGCCAUCAAUCAGCGGGCCGGCUUCUUCGCCAAGCCGAGGUUCGCAACCGUCGUCGCCACUGCUUGUGCAGUUCAGUACCGGUCAGCAUCAUGAGCGACGUAAGACGUCCAGCAGCUCGUCAACCUUGUCGCACUCUACGAGCAACCCUGGCUCCCUUCAGCCAGGUAGCUUCUUUGACCCCAACCGCCUAUCAGGCUUGCGGCCUUCUCCAGAGGUAAUUUCGCCAGGCAAGCCGUCUAAGAUCGGCCCUGGCAUGUCUGCUUCCUUCUCUGAGAAGAUGGGAUCGAGUCCACGUCAAUCGUCGACAGGGCCAACAAACUCGUCACCACGUGCGCGAUCCCAAACGGUCGGCUCUCAGGAUGGUGAUGUUGUACGAGAGGUGCUACCCGGUCACCAUAAGCGACGCAGUCAAGUACUCGAUGUCUCGCCGUCGUCAUCCGAUACUGAAGAAUCGCGCGCCAAGGCACUACUGCGUGUGCAGCGACGAAGACAGAGCUCGCGUAGGCUGUCCCAAAUCAGCUUCGGUGACGGCCCAUUCUUCCGCCCACUUGAUGUCCUCAUCUGUGAAGAUCACCCCGUAUCCAGGCUGGUCAUGGAGAAGCUCUUGGAGAAGCUGCGCUGUCGUACAUUGACCGUUAACAACGGAUCUGAAGCCAUCCGGUAUGCCAUGGGCGAGGUCAAGUUCGACAUCAUCAUGAUGGAGUUCAGGUUACCACAAGUCAACGGCGCGGAUGUGGCUCGCAUGAUCAGGGAUACGAAGAACGCAAAUACGACUACGCCAAUCGUUGCAGUGACAGGCUAUCUUAAGGAGUUGCAGGCACCGCACUACUUCGAUGCUCUCAUUGAGAAGCCGCCCACGAUUGCUAAGCUUACGGACACCCUCGGUCGACUAUGUCAAUGGAAGCCACCUCCACCAAAUUGGGCGCCGACGCAGAUGUACCCAUCCAUGAUGCCCUCAGGGUUACGACAAGAAUCUACACAACAGGAAGACAGCCAAACAACAAACUCGAACUCGUCAGGCUUCUCUCAAGUACCAGGAAGCUAUCGUGGGUCUAGUCGUGAGGACUCAAUCAGCUCGAGCUUCUUUGGUGACAACGACAGUCGCACCAGCGAAGAUGUGCCAGUCGUCAUUGCACGCCACGGCACAGAUGAUUGGCGCGAGCGAAAUAUAGCUCAUGCAAUGGGUGGGCUGGGUAUCUCAGAACACGAUGCAGCCAAUGUGGAUCCCAAAGAAAUCGUGCAGAAGCGAGCUGGUGCACCCGACCUGCGCCCUGACCUACCCCACGAAGCCUCCGCGCCGGCCGCCUUGGAAGCGGCAACGAUCCGCCGACAACGAUCUGCCGAGCAAGUGGGUGCCAAACGACGCCUUCUCGAAACACGCAAGCACGAGUCUGCAGAGUCUGGCGACGAUGAGGACGAAGAAUUGGGCCACACCACCGCCACGAAGUCGCGAAGCCCAAAAACGCGUCCCAAAUCGUCGUCUAAGCUCGGCAUCGAGAUGAUGCGCACCAACAGCAGAGGCAGCGUCAUCUCUGUGGAGACAGACAUGGGCGCAUCAGAAUCUGCCCUGGCAUCUUCCCCGCCUCCAGCGAUCACGGAGGACACGGCAGCCGAGGAGCGCGAGGCGAACCUCACCACACCCGACGUGCCCCACAUGUCGCUCACACCGCCUGAGGUCUUCCCUGCAGUGCCCGGAGAGGACGUUGUUGACAUGGACAUGGGUACGCCCAAACAGGAAGACGGUGCAGCAACACCUGACCCUGAUCCUACGCCUCGAGCGAGCUUGGCGAACACGGGUUCCUAGCAGGCACCUGGCCGUUCGCCGAGCUACUUUUCCCUUCGAUCGUUGCUAUAAUGACGUAUGAUAGUUUGGAACGUUUUUGUUUUCGCUUUUUGGGGUUUUUUUUGUUGCGAGCAUGGUGUCGAUGGUGUUUCAAUGGUAGUGCACCGAAACAUACAGCUGUCAGCGUUCAGUCCCGUUCAUGGCUUCUCUCAACCAACAGCUUUUUUUCUUCUCACUUGUCGAUAUACUUUGUUGUUUCGACGUUUUUUUUUCUUUUUCUUUUUCACGUUUGGGUUUUG